AUGGAAGAUCCGGCUUCGAUUGCCAAGGCUAAAGGCCUUCACCGAACCUCGACCCGAUCCGACGAUGUUUUCCAAUCUCAAGAUGCUACCCCUAGCAUUUGUCGAAUAUGUCGAGGCGAAGGAACUCCCGAGGAGCCAUUAUUCUACCCGUGCAAGUGCAGUGGUAGUAUUAAAUAUGUGCACCAAGAUUGUUUGAUGGAAUGGCUCUCCCAUUCGCAAAAGAAAUACUGCGAGCUCUGCAAGACAUCCUUCCGGUUCACCAAACUAUACGCGCCCGACAUGCCCCAGUCUUUGCCAGUACACAUCUUCAUUGGACAUAUGGCCCGGUAUUUCCUACAGAAUGUCUUGGUCUGGCUUCGUGCUGCUAUGGCUAUUAGCGUUUGGCUCUUCUGGCUGCCCUAUUUUAUGAGAUCUGUGUGGUCCUUUAUGUUCUGGAUUAGUGACGAGGGCUUCGGCAACUCCCCUAUGGCAUCCCAAGCCAACGAAACAGCAGCGAACUCGACAUAUCAAAUGUCUGCAUCAGCCUUUGAUAUCGACACAUGUCCUGCAAGUCCCCUAUUUGUCCGUACAACCACUCCUGCUUCGGCCGCUAAGGCGCUGCUCGAAGGCCUAUCAGAGCAGAACAUCUCAGAUUUCUUUGUGCGCAUGUUUAUGGGCCCCUGGGGACUUUCUGGCAAAUCUGACUCAACCCCUGAGGUUGCCAAUACGACUUCAUCUGGAUCCGGAUCUAUCCCACCCACUUUGCUUGGAGAAGUGGCGUUUUUAAACAACCUCACUCGUAACCCCACCAUUAACCGAACAAUAACAUCAGUUCUUGAGGGCCAGAUUAUCACUGUCUUGGUCAUCGUUUGCUUUAUUCUGGUCAUACUUGUUAGGGACUAUGUUGUUCAACAACAGCCCGAAAUGAAUAUGCGCGCAGCCUUUGCAGCCCCCGAAGACCCCAUGGCGCAACAAGAACCAAUGCUUGUACGGCCUGAGGAUGUGGACGACUUGCAGGGCCCGGAUGAAUCUGAUGACGAGACUCUUGAUACCGGUGAGCCUCUUGCGAGAGCUAGCGAUGUAGAUUUUGCUACUCAGGUCCAAGCCGACACACCUCUUCGCAGGCGAACGAACUCUGAGCUCCUUGCUCCGGCGGGUCUUGUAGAUACGGGGCCUUCUGAGGCAGGCCCUGCUGAACAUGAUCUGCCCGCAGACAUCAACCCCACCGAAGAACGUGCCAGCGUCUACGAUUAUCUGCGUAUCUACCGCCAGGCCGACGGAGAUGCGGAGAGGAUAUUGGAGAUUAUUCACGAAGAGGGACUUGAAAGAAAACUAUCCUACUGGGUUGAUGUCACUCGCCGGGCUCUUCAAGAUGGUGAUGAUACCCCGGGCGUUAGUGUGCCUCAAGAUCCAUCAAUUGGCCGAGAGCGCACAGAAAGCUUUGGUUCUACUGCUGCUAGUUCAUCUAGAAAGGCCUACACGCCUGGUUCCGAUGGCCUUCCUACACCAAUGGAUAUGCCUGGCGGAUCCUCUUCCAGCAAAGGAAAGGAGCGAGAAAUUGUACCACCUCUUCCUGAUCAAGAUUUUGAGGCAGGCUCAUGGAGGUCGGGCUUCUCUCCAAGCACAUCUCGACCUCGCGCUGUUUCGGAUGGUCCUCAGCCGCAUGAUUCUGUCAACCCUCUAGCCAACAAUAGCUGGUCAUUUGCAGGACUUCCCCCAGAUACUAAGGAUGCAGAGCGCUCAAACGAGCCCCAGAUCGCUUCUAGACAGUCUAUGUUUAUGUCCGACGAUGGUGAGGAUUUCCCCCAGGAUUUGGCGGUUGAUCCUAGGGCGUCCAGUCGACGUGACUCCCUUGACUUCAUAGAAAAUGACCUCCACGAGCUCGCUCCCCAGGUUGGACGUACUGGAACUUUCGGAACAGCCCCGGAACCGCGAGCACUGGAGGGUGCUGCUGCCGCAGGCCCAGAUAAUGUUCGACCUGCUGGCUUGGUCAACAGAGUAACAGACUUUAUGUGGGGCGACCUGGAUGACCAGCAACGAAAUGAACAAGAUGCAAACGCUGCAGACGACCUGGGCGACCUAGCAGCAAUCCCAGAAGACACUGAUGGUUGGGAAACUGAGCUUGAUGAGAUUCAUGAUGAAGCCCCACCUCCAGAUGUGGGUGUAGCCAACGACCCUGAGGAACCUGAAGAUCUGGGUGAUGCUCCUGGUGCGGGACUUGAUCAAGAAGCUAUGGAAGACCUUGAAGAUUUUGAGGGAGUCAUGGAACUGGUUGGCAUGCGCGGGCCUGUUGCAGGACUCUUCCAAAACGCCAUCUUCUGCGCAGUUCUUGUCUCUGUAACAAUCUUUGCUUGCAUUUUCGUUCCUUAUAACUUUGGGCGUGUAAGUGUUUGGGUUCUUGCGAAUCCCAUGCGCCUUGUUCGCUUGAUCUUUGAGUUGUCGAAGCUUCUGCAGGAUGCGGCGGUCAUGGCUGCUGGAUUCGGUCUCUGGGUCAUCAUCAACAUCAUCGAUAUGUUCACUGGCCUGAUUGGAGGUGUCAUUGGCACCCAUGUGCUUUUCGCGAGGAAGGCUUCUUGGUCCCUUUGGACUAGUGCUGGCUCCCGAGUUCUGGACUAUACCUUCAUGGAUCUUCCCAUGUCAGCAGCCGAGAUGCAAAACUUCUCUGCUAUCAGCCAUGGUGCACUUCUCGCUGUGAAGAGCAAUAUUGGUACCGUCUUCACGACCAUCAGCAAAGUCUUGGGCUUUAUUCUCAGUGGAAGCUUUUUAACCAGUGGCAGCCCAGCGGAAGUCAUCACUUUCGCCAGUACUGUAGCGUGGCCGAAGAUUGCUUCUAUUUCAUCAGCACUCUUGAAGCCUAAUUCAUGGGUUAUCAACCUCGGCGAGCCCGACGGACUGCUCUCUGUUAACCCUGAACUGGCGCAUUGGUCUGGUCUGGAUCGCUUCUGGGCAAUCAUAGCUGGCUAUGCAACAUUGUUCUUCUUCGGCGCGCUGUAUUUGAAGCGUGGAAGCCCAUUCUCUCGAGGCCACAUAUUACAGAAUUGGGAAGCCGGUAUCAUCGAUACUUUACAUCAAGCGAGUGGCAUUAUGAAAGUCAUCAUGAUUAUCAGUAUCGAGAUGCUUGUGUUCCCGCUUUACUGCGGACUUCUCCUGGAUGGUGCCCUCCUUCCUCUCUUCGAGAACACAACUUUCAAGUCUCGUCUCCUCUUUACCUAUAAUUAUCCCAUGACUUCGGUUUUCGUUCACUGGUUUGUUGGUACUGGAUACAUGUUCCAUUUCGCCCUCUUUGUGUCAAUGUGCAGAAAGAUAAUGCGCCAAGGCGUUCUCUACUUCAUUCGCGAUCCGGAUGAUCCUGAGUUUCAUCCUGUUCGUGAUGUCUUGGAGAGAAACCUGACAACACAGCUGAGGAAGAUUCUCUUCUCGGCUUUUGUGUAUGGUGCCCUGGUCAUCGUUUGCCUGGGCGGCGUGGUAUGGGGUCUCUCAUAUUCAGUUCCUGGGGUUCUCCCAGUCCACUACUCUUCCAACGAGCCAGUACUUGAGUUCCCCGUAGACCUGCUUUUCUACAACUUCCUCAUGCCGCUUGCUGUGAACUUUUUCAAACCUGGGGAUGGACUUCAUGCCAUGUAUACUUGGUGGUUCAGAACCUGUGCCCGGGGCUUGCGACUCACUUACUUCCUCUUUGGCGAACGAAAGAUCGACGAGGAGGGGAGCCUACAAUUGGGCAAUGCUCGCAGGUACCAGCGACUCCCUUGGUACAAGACCUUGUUCUUGGAGCUCAACACUAGGUACCAUGUUAUCCCCAAAACGUGGGUCGACUUCUUUGACGGCGGUGAUGCCAAACCCAGAGCGCCUCUCAACAACAGUGAGAUCCGUUCACUUACCCGACACAAGAACCACCUCAAGGAUGCGAACCAGCUUGUUGAGAGUGGACAUUUUGUUCGCGCACCUGCAUCCGACCGUGUCAAAAUUCCCAAGGGCAGAAGGGUGUUUCUUGAUGUGGAUGAAAAUGGACGAAGAGUUGACGGGCAGGACGACACCGAUCUAUACGCCAGCAACCAGUACCAGAUGGUCUAUAUCCCGCCUCACUUCCGCGCUAGAAUCUUCCUCUUUAUACUUCUCAUCUGGGUCUUUGCGGCCGUCACUGGAGUUGGUUUCACCAUCAUCCCGCUUGUCUUUGGUCGACGCAUGUUCAAGAUGCUGAUUCCGCAACACAUUCGUACUAAUGAUAUUUAUGCAUUCAGCAUCGGUGUUUACCUACUGGGCUCUUCGGCCUAUUUGGUCUUCCACGUCCGCAGUGUAUGGGCAAAGAUUCAGGAUGGGUUCUCUGCUGUCCGAGCAUCGCUAACUGCGGGAGAUCUUGAGCGCCGAACAGCUGCGGUUGUGCUACAAGGACUUAAGCUGGUCUAUACCUACUUUUUCCUCCUUAUUGUUUUCCCGCUGCUCGCUUCGGGACUCGUGGAGCUAUAUCUUACAAUUCCUCUCCACACCUACAUGUAUCCUCCUACUGCGGCAUCGGUUCAGGCAUCAAGAGAGGGAGGGCCCGAGGCGAGCCGCCACACGGUGCGUGUUAUCCAGGCCUGGACACUUGGCCUGCUUUACUUGAAACUCAGUGCUAGGAUGAUCACAUCAAUGUUUCCUGAUACUCGCCUCGCCAUUGCUGUCCAGACGGUAUUGCGAGGCGGAUGGGUGCAGCCCGACAUUGGUGUUUUCACCCGAGCUUUCGUUCUCCCCGGUCUGGCAAUUGCAGGAGCUGCCAUCUUUGGACCUCCAGCAAUCACUGGUGGUCUUAUCAAGUACAACAUCAUUUCAGGCAUUGAAUCGGGGGAGAAUGAAUUGGUGGAAGCUGCACGGCUCGCCAUCAUAUAUCGACAGUCAUACCCAGCUGUUGCACUGAUUGCUUUACUGACCAAGAAUACAAUUGGGUUGGUGAAGGUGUUCAGGGGCUGGUCAGCGCGCAUUCGCGAUGAGGCUUACCUGAUUGGGGAGAGGCUGCAUAAUUUUGGUGCUGUUGCUGCAGGAGCGGGAAGAGUUAGAGGGGCGUGGAGAGCUGGAGGGGCAAGACUAUGA